AUGGCGCUGGGCCGCGGCUUCCCGCGGUUGCCGCCGGGACUGGGGCCGGGGCGGCGGCCGUACUGCGCGCAACCCUCCCCCGGCGGCGGCGGCGGCGGCGAGAGCGUCGUGCGCGUCCCCUGGGCCAUGCGGCUGCGCCUGCAGCGGGGCCGCCAGCGCGGGCGGGAGGCGGCGGCGCCCCCGCCGCCGCGUGCGGGGCAGCUGCUGCUGCGGAGCCGGCGGCCGGAGCUGAGCCAGCCGCGCUCGGUGACGGUGGGGCGGUGGGAGCGGCCGCGCCUGGUGUCGGCGGGCUGGAAGCACCGCAAGGCCUUCGGCGACUACUUCCAGCUGGAGCCCUCGCAGGAGGCGGCCCCGGCCCUGCGGCCGCCCGCCGCCGCGGGGCCGCGCGCCUCCUUCGCGGAGCUGGGGCUGCAGCCGGCGCUGCUGUCCGCGCUGCCGGCGCUCGCCGUGGGCCGCCCCACGGCCGUGCAGCGCCUCGCCAUCCCCGCCCUGCUGCGCGGCCGCAGCGCGCUCUGCGCCGCCGAGACCGGCAGCGGCAAGACGCUGGCCUACCUGCUGCCGCUGCUGGACGGGCUGCUGUCGCGGCCGGAGCCCGAGCCGCCGCAGCCCGAGCCGGGCCCGGCGCCGGCGCGGCCCCGCGGGCUGGUGGUGCUGCCGUCGCGGGAGCUGGCGGCGCAGGUGCGCGCCGUGGCGGCGGCGCUGUGCCGGCCGGCGGGGCUGCGGGUGCGCGGGCUGGAGGGCGGCGGCGCGGCGGGCGGGCUGCGGCGGCAGCUGCGGGCGCCGCCGCCGGGCCCUGCCGUGCUGCUGGGCACCCCCGGGGCGCUGCGGGCCGCGCUGCGGCGGCGGCUGCUGGCCCUGGAGCGGCUGCGCUGGCUGGUGCUGGACGAGGCCGACGCGCUGCUGGACGCCUCCUUCGCGGCGCUGCUGGAGGAGAUCCUGGCCCAGGCGCCGCCGGCCGUGGGCGCCCCGGGCCCCGCCGGCCCCGGGGAGGCGAGGACCCAGGUGGUGGUGGUGGGCGCCACCUUCCCCGCCGGGCUGAGCGAGGUGCUGGGGAAGUUCACCGACGUGGGCCGCUUCGUCACCCUGGCCACCCGGAGCCUGCACUGCCUGCCGCCCCACGUCCGGCAGAAGUUCGUCCGCGUCAAGUGCCGGGACAAGCUGACCGAGUUGCUGCAGCUCCUCAAAGACCGCCGGCCGUCGGCGGGGGCCGUCCUGGUUUUCUGCAAGGAUGCCGGCACCGUCAACUGGCUGGGCUACAUCCUGGAUGACCACAAAAUCAAGCACCUGAGGCUGCAGGGACAGAUGUCGGCAGCCGACAGAGCCGGCAUCUUCGCCACCUUCCAGAAGGGCGAGGUGGAUGUCCUCGUCUGCACUGACCUGGCCGCCCGGGGCCUGGACACCAGCAGUGUGGAGCUGGUGGUCAACUACGACUUCCCAGCCACCCUGCAGGACUACCUGCACCGCGCAGGGCGGGUCGGACGGGUCAGCAGCAAGGUGCCCGGAGCCGUGGUUAGUUUUGUCACCUAUCGGUGGGACGUUGACCUUGUGCGCAAAAUAGAGACUGCGGCCCGGAAAAGGACUGAUCUCCCGGGCAUGGAGUCCUCUAUUAAGGAAACUCUGCCUAAAGCGGCUUGAGUCAAGGUGCCCAAAAGUAAUAAAUGGCCCUGUAGGGACUAAGCCUGGAGCCAUCGAGGCAGAGGCAGUGAGCUUAAGCACGGGAGUUAGGCUAAAAGAAUAAAGAAAUUAGUUUUGUAGCAGGUGGCCAGGUUAACUUUGUGCACUGUUCUGGAUGCUGCAGCAGUCACUUUCACAGGCAUUACAACUCACAGUUUUCUGAAAGGAAAAUGAUAGGCAACUAAUAAAAUGCCUGUGGAGAAGACCCCAGAGCAGUCUUUUCUUAUCUGUUGCUCUUGUUUGAUCUUGCUGAGACAUUUAACUUAAAUUCAAAUCGGAGUGAAAGUAUGCCUGUAUGGUGUGCUGCUCUGUUAUAUUUCAUUGCUUCCCAUCAACAGCAGCUAAGCAUCACUGUUAAAAAUGACUACUGUGACAGAAAAAAAGAUGAAAUUAUUUUUCUAACUUAUUUUUUCUGGCCCUGCUGUAGCUAUCUGUGGAAAAACUAAAGGACAAAUUAUAUUUGAUGCUCUUGUGGCAUAGCAGUUCAUUCAGCGAAUUCCAGACCAGAUACUUUGAAAAUUAGGUGGGAAUGCAAUAAAAUUCAAGGCUUUUUCAGGGAUUUAUUUGUCAGUUUAUGGUUACCUUUCACCAAAGAAAGGGCGUCUGUGCUGUGUUAUGUUGUAUAAAAACAACAACAAAGCUCAAAAGUAUUUUCUGCUUGUUCUUGUGUUAAAAAUUUAAAUUUUCUAAUUGUGUUUUCACUACAGUAGCUGUUGAUACUGUGGUGUUUUAGCAAUCUACCUCAUCUACAGUAUCCUGGAGAAAGGAGAUCACUGUGAUUAUCCUCACUUCUCAGAUGGAGAAACUUGAGAUAUAGGUGACCUAAAGUAACUGUUUGGGCCAGUGGUAGAGCUGGGAAUGGAGCCAAUGUCUUGACUGCAGUUUUUUUUUCUAUUGUACACCAUAGUGUAGUCUAUAGCUUAGGUAGAGCACUUUCUUUCUCCCAUGUACUAGGUGCCACCUUUUUAAUGCAUUGUUCUGCAAAGAGAGAGAAAUAUGGUCACUGGUAUGAUAAUGUCUAAAACAUGCUUUAAUGAUAUGCCCAUUCUAUGAGUUGAUUUUUAAAAAAAAUAUCAGAGAGAUGUCUGCUGUGACAGGAAUGUCAGUAUGUAGACUCACAGGUUGUACUGUAACAGAGUGAGUUCAUAAGGUUUCUUCUGAAUAUCAUGUCAUUGUUCUCUUCCGCUUUAAACCAAAAGGAUUAAAAUGGGGCUGAGGUUAUUUCAUGUCUAGCUGCUAGUUUGUAUCCAUGGUAAAUAAUCAUGCAAGAAUUUUAGCUCUGAUUUAUGUUACAGUGAUUCAUCACAGCUUUUUCUUUCAGUGGCUGUUUUUUCCAUGCUAUCCACUUUUACCUUUUCUAAAACUCAGUAUGUAGAAAUACCAAGCUGGUAAGUGCAAAGGUCAGAAAAGGGCAUCUCUCAAUUGUUGGUUUCAAAGGAAAUGAGCCACUGGAGCUACUCUCAUUCUUAGUGUGAGAGUAAAAUCUGAACAAAUAGAAAACUUGCAUAGAUAAUCAGUUAAGGAUAAGGCUCUAAUAAGGCUAGAAAUUGUAAAGCUGUACUCUUUUUCACAUUGGAUGGCAAGGGAUGCUUAGGAGAAGUUACAAGCUGUAGUAAAAUUCUUCUAUACAGUACAAAGCUUUCAACUUCUGUAUACAUACAGUGGAAUAGCAACCCACUUGGAGACUGGAAACUUAUAUUUUGGACUCAUUCAUUACAUGCCUCUCAUCUGAAGUUUGUUAAACUGCCCAUCAUUUAAUUUAUGUGUUCACAAGCAGAAACACGCUCUCCAUGAAUGGGAGAGAGCAUUUUUUUUUUCUUAAAAAAGAAAUUUGGGGGCAGUCUGUAGUAUUAUUUGUAUCUGUACAAGUUAUAAUAAUUUGUCCUAUUCCAUUUGUUAUAUACAUCUUGUACCACAUCUUGUGAUCUGCUGAGACAUACAUCCCUUUAACAAUAGUCACACAAAUUAUUUUAAAUGAAGUAAAUUGCAUUAAAGAAACUUCAGGUUAGAAAUUCUAGCGUUUGCUUGCCUGCUUUGCCUAAGCAAUUUCAGGCUGACUCCAUCUCAAGAGUCUAAUACAAGACAAUUUUCAAAGUUGUACUUCACUGUAUUAGCAUAAAUACUCAGUUACUACCUGCCUCACGGAGAAUGCGUUCCUCUCCUUAGUUGGCCGGUGACUGUGCUUCCCAGUUCAACGUAGAGUCAACCUUUUUAGGUUUCUGAGUGAAGUUUUGUUGCUGGGGAUCUCAGAGCUUAGAAUUUAAAUGUCUGUCUUCUCAUACAGAUAUUACACAGAUUGGCCUAAAUCAAUCUGUUGUUAGGGCCAAACUUUGAUCGCUUGUGAUUAUUGCAGAAGUUGUGUACUGUAAUGCUGUGCUAUAUUAAGCACAGUUUACAGGUAAAUAAUGCAACCAAUUUUAAUUCACAUAAACUCUCUGGAGGUAUGCUUGGUUCCUGCCUGAAGGAGGGAAAACAGUCUGACAGAAGUUAAAUGAGUUGCUUUGUCACAUAAACAUUGACUUCUGAUUCAAGAUUCCUGGUCAAACUGUAUGGUAUAGGGUUCCUUUGUAACUCAUGCACUUAAUUUGUAUCAGUAACUAUCUAAGGGGCAGUGGUGGUAAGAGAGAGUAGUCUUUCUCCUGAAUUGACAUAUGGGGCAGGACAAUGUGAGGAAGGUUGAUUUCUGAUAAACUCACCAGAUUUAUAAAAGGCAGUGUGGGCACAUGUGACAUUGACGUGUAAAAUACAGGGGUUAAAAGAGGAAAUGAGUGCAGGAUUAAGUAAGUAAAUGUUACAGAAAUGAACUGGAUGUGUGUUCUGAUGGCCAUAACAAAAGAAGUUGAAGAUGUUUCUGCAAAGUUCUAUUUGGAUGUUUUUGAUAAGCUUUUUUCAACAUAUAAUUUGUAGUUUAACUUCUGUAACUCUUAGAAACUUUAAAACUUCAAAACAUUGAUGAUUGUGCAUGAAUCUGGAACUGUGUUAUGGUUAGGGCCAUGACAGCUUUGUCUGAAUUGCAGUGCACCAGGUUUUAAUACAAUAUGCACAAGUUACACAACACAGUGAAAAAAUAAAGUUAUUCCAGCCAUACGCUUCUUAAA